AUGGUUAUACCACACACCAUUCACAAACCACCAUCAUAUUCCAAGAUUAGUCACUCAAAGAAGAACAAGAAAAGAAGCUCCAAAGCUUCGAGCCAAAAGAAGUCACAACAAGUCCCUCAGAGGAGACAAAGUGAUUUCGAAUUAGACCAUGCUCACCAUGAAGAAGCUGAACAUGAUUUAGAUGAAGAGUAUGAUCAAGAAGAAGAAUUUGAAGAGGAGUAUUCUUUUGAUCUUCCCAUUAUACCAUUCAUAUCACACGCAGAAAGAAGACAUAAAGCUUUAUCGAAACUUUUAAGGUUGAAUGCUUAUGAAGAUGAUGGUGAUGGUUCAAUUUCAAAAUUAUUUAUUACAAUAGCUACAAUAGUGGACCCUAUGACACAACCUAUGGUUAAGGGACACAAUUGUCGUGCCAUAUCGUUUGCAAAGGGGUGUCAAAUCAAGUUUUACUCAUAUUUAUACACUUUAUUCUACUUUUUUUUUGGCUCUUUGGAUUGA